AUGGAGACUGUCGUGAAGGUAUUCUGCAUGCACUCAGAGCCCAACUACUCGCUGCCCUGGCAGCGCAAGCGGCAGUUUAGCAGCACCAGCAGCGGCUUCAUCAUCUCUGGGAAGCGCAUUCUGACCAACGCCCAUUCAGUUGACCACCACACGCAGGUCAAGGUUAGGCGACGAGGCUCGGACACAAAGUUUGUGGCCGCGGUGCUGGCUGUCGGCACAGAGUGCGAUAUAGCGAUGCUGACAGUGGAGGAUGAGGAGUUCUGGGAGGGCCUCUGCCCGGUCAACUUUGGGGAGCUGCCUCGCCUGCAGGACCAGGUCACUGUCAUUGGGUUCCCCAUCGACGGGGAGAGCAUUUCGGUGACGAGCGGCGUGGUGUCGAGGAUAGAGGUGACCAGCUAUGUGCACGGAGCGGCUGAGCUGCUGGGGGUGCAGAUCGAUGCUGCCAUAAACAGCGGCAACAGCGGCGGCCCCGCCUUCAACAACCGGGGCCAGUGCGUCGGCAUCGCCUUCCAAUCCCUCAAGCAUGAGGACGCAGAGAACAUUGGGUACAUUAUACCGCCGCCGGUGAUCCAGCACUUCAUCACGGACUUUGAGCGCAACGGGCGCUACACCGCCUUCCCGGCCCUGGGCAUUGAGUGGCAGAAGAUGGAGAGCCCCUUCCUGCGCAAGUCCCUGGGCAUGAAGGAGGGGCAAAAGGGGGUGUACAUAAGGCGGGUGGAGCCGACGUCGCCGGCGAGCGAGGUGUUGAGCGAGGGCGACAUUCUGAUGUCAUUUGAGGGCACCGACAUCGCCAACGACGGCACUGUGCCCUUCCGCUCCGGCGAGCGCAUCUCCUUCUCCUACCUCAUCUCCCAGAAGUUCACCGAUGAGCAGGCGAAGGUGCGGCUGCUUAAGGAUGGGCAGGAGAGGACGCUGAGCGUGAACCUGAGGGCCCCCCACCGCCUCAUACCCGUGCACAUCGGCGGCCGGCCACCCCCCUACUUCAUCCUGGGCGGCCUCGUCUUCACACAGGUGACGGUGCCGUACCUGCGCAGCGAGUACGGGAAGGAGUACGACUUUGACGCGCCCGUGAAGCUGCUGGACGCCAUGAUGCACGAGCAGGCGCUAGGCAAGGGGCAGCAUGUGGUCGUCCUGGGGCAGGUGCUCGCAGCCGACAUCAACAUCGGCUACGAAGACCUCGUCAACAUCCGGGUGAAGGCGGUGAACGGCGUGCCGGUGAAGAACCUGCGGGGGCUGAUGGAGGCGGUGGAGGCGUGCAAGGACAAGUACCUGCGCUUCCAGAUGGAGUACAACCAACUGGUCAUCAUGGAGACGCAGGCCACGCGGAAAGCCACCGAGGACAUCCUCACUAUGCACUACAUUACCCACGACCGCUCCGAAGAGCUCAGGAGCAGCGACAGCCCCGACCCCUUGGAUGCGUGAUUGGCUGCAUAGGCCACUGCUAGGGCGCGGGAACAUGUGGAGAAGCUGGCAUUGGCAUGCUUGGCAUCAUGAUGAUGUUGACGUGUGACCAAUGCAUAUCAGCGGUGUUGUCAGUUGAAAAAAACAUGAUCAUGAACCAACCCAAAGUGCUGGCUCUAUGCGAGAGUAUGUGACCUCUGUCCUUGCAGACGGUAUGGCCAGCUGAGCUUUGCGAGUGCUUAACCUGUUUGCAAGCCCAAAUCUUAGCAGCCAUGGCCAAAAAUCUAAUAUUCUGCCCGUUGCCUGCCAGCACAUGUAUGUAUAUGAACUGCCUAUGGGGCUGCGCUGCCUUUGAGCUUUCCUAGGGCCUGUUUGGACAUGGUGAGCGCGAAAUUUAUUAAUAAGCAAUUGUUGUAAUAAAUGAGGGCCAU